UUGCACUACUUCUCCAUCCCAUUAAUCCAAAUGGGUCUCACUUCUAAGAUCCAUGACUUGGCAAGUUUUAGACCCUGUAAAAUACCAUGAGCUACACACAGUUUGCCUUCCCCUGGGUUUUUUUUUUUUUUGGAAAUCAUUGCUGGAGAGGUAAGUGCAGUGCUUGGGUCAGGUACAAAUUCUGCAUUCAGGGAAUGCGCUCCGAGAGUGUUUGACCCUCAGCAGGGACAAUGCACAGCAGCGCCCGAGGGGAUUCCUGUGCCCCUGGGCAGGAGUCCAGACUCUGGGUCUGGGCUGAACACGGCAAAGUUCCCGUGUUUGGACAGGCUCAGGGGCUGCCCCGGGGAGCGCGGGGCUGGGCGCGGGGGCGAGCGGGCAACGGACAAACGGACACGGGGACAAACGGCCCCGGAGCUUCAGUUGCUUCAGUUGCAGCAGCGGCAGCAGCAGCAGCGGCAGCAGCAGCGAAAGCAGCGAAAGAAGCGGCUUUGUCGACUCCCUCUUGCUCUUCCUCUCCCUCUCGCGCUGUCCCGCAGCCUCUCCCGCUCUCCCUUUCCCGCUGUCCCCUCCUCUCCCAGUCUCCCUCUCCCCUGCCCGGCCGGGCCAUGCCCCCGACCCGCCCCGGGCCCCGGGCGGGGCUGCCCCGUCCCCGUCCCCGUCCCCGUCCCCGUCCCCGUCCCUGUCCCUGUCCCUGUCCCUGUCCCUGUCCCCGGCCGUCCCGCCGAGGUCUCGCCCCCGCCCGGCUCUGGCCGUGCUGGCGCUGGCGCUGCUGGGCGGGCAUCAGUGCCUGGGGCUGGGGCGGCAUCGCCGCCCUUUGGCUCCUCCUGGCCCGAGCCCGGCCCCGGCCCCGACGUGGGCUCCAGUCCCGGCCCCGGCCCCGGCUCCUCCCGGGCCCCGCGGAGGACACAGGCGGCGCGGCCGCUGCCGCCGCCUCCGCUGCGGCUUCCCCGGCCCGAGCUCCGCCGCUCGGCAGCGCGGCCGCCGGCCCCGAGCCGCCGCUGUCCCGUUGCCAGCAGAGAACGCCUGGGGAUGGCCGGCCCGGGGCGCUCGGGGGGCGCUCGGGGGCCGCUCCUGGCCCCGGGCCGAGCGCUGACAGCCGCGUCCCGCCCGCAGGGAAGGCGCAGGAGGCCCUGCAGGAGCGCUACCGGCUGGGUUCGCUGCUGGGCAGCGGCGGCUUCGGCAGCGUCUUCGCGGCCACACGGCUCUCGGACGGCGCCCUGGUGGCCAUCAAAAGGGUGCCGCGGGAUCGCAUCCGGCACUGGGGCGAGCUGCCCGACGGCACCAGCGCACCCCUGGAGAUCGUGCUGCUGGCCAAGGUGGCCUCUGGCUGCGCUGGUGUCAUUCAGCUCCUGGAGUGGCUCGAGCUCCCCGACAGCUUCUUGCUGGUGCUGGAGCGCCCGGAGCGGUGCCAGGACCUGUCGGGUUUCCUGGCGGAGCGGAGGUUCCUGCCGGAGGAGGAGGCGCGGGGGCUGUUCCGCCAGGUGCUGGAGGCCGUGCGGCACUGCACCAGCUGCGGGGUCCUGCACAGGGACAUCAAGCCCCAGAACAUCCUGCUCGACCUGGCCACCGGGCAGCUGAAACUGAUCGACUUUGGCUGUGGCACCUUCCUCCAAGACACAGCCUACACCCAGUUUGCAGGAACCCUGUCCUACAGCCCACCAGAGUGGAUCCACCACCGACGCUACCACGGCGAGGCAGCGACCAUCUGGUCCCUGGGCCUCCUGCUGUGCCACCUGGUCAUGGGCAAGCACCCGUUCAGGGGGGGCCAGGAGAUCAUCUGGGGGCGGAUCUUGUUCCCACGACGGCUCUCUCAAGAGUGCCAGGAUGUCAUUAAGAGGUGUUUGUCCAUGCAGCCCUUGGACAGGCCGUCCUUAGAAGAGCUUUUCCGUGAUCCUUGGGUGCAGGGUGUUCCUCUGCCCUAGAGGAUGGGAGAGAUCCACGUGCACAGUUGGAUCCAGGGGCCUGGCAGGGAAGGAGAAGGAGCCCCUGGAGAAGCUGCACCAGGUGGGGCUGCUGCUGCUGGAGACACCAAGGACAACCUCAAGGAUUACAAUCUCUUCCUCGGCCUGGCCAGCUGAAGAUGAUGGACUUGGAUUCUGGCACCUUCUCCAAAGCCAGGCUCCACAGGGAAUUUGCAGAUGAGUCCACACACAGGGGGAUGCUCCCAGAUUUGGGCAUUGCUCAGCCUGGCCGGGAACCAAAGGUUCCCCCUUUGCUGGGGCGGAUGCAGCUGAUCCUUCAGUCGGCUGCCAGGCUGCUUUUGGCAGGGCUGGGGGCAUGGGCUGGGGUGGGUACGAAAUGGGAGUGGGCUCCUGGCCCUGCCAACAGCCCCCAGCACCCACCGUGCCCCGGGCUGGGGCUGGGGCUGGGGCAGCCAGCCCGAUACAAACCAACCCCCAUGGUGGGAGCACAGGUGGGACUCCAGAACCUGUGCAGGGGCUGCUUUGCUUUGCAGGCAAGGAAGGGCUUGGGCUGCUCCACUGCCCCUGUUUGCUUUGGGAUCAGCGUUAUUUUGGGGGGCAGUGCAGGGGGAAGGGAGAAAGCCUGGGCUUCCCUCACCUGUAGAGGAAGCGUUCCAGGUGGGGUCCAGUCUGGAUGGGGAAGUGCUUGGGAGCAGCUGCGGCGUGGAUGGGCCGUGCCCUUGGAGAAGGCUGAGGACAUCGUUUGGGACCAGCUUUUCUUCCAGCGGUGGAUGGCGUCAGGUGGGUCCCGUCUGCUUGGCAUGGUGGGAUCAGAGCUUUGGGGAGAUGGCAGCGAGCACAGGAGCAUCCUGCUGCGGGCAGCUGCUGAGGGCUGGAUGUGCCGUGGCUGGCUGCAGGCUGGGCACAUGUCCUGCCCUCCUGCUCUGCUGCCAAAGGCAGCAAUGAUGGGCAGCUCUGGGCACCGCUCUGGGCACGGCCAGCAUGGCCUGGGCACCGCGGGCGGCUGGGACAAGGGGACAGGAGCCUUCAGCUGACGGGCGCUUUCUGCUUUCUCUCCUUGCAGCCGGGCUCUGCGGGUGCUGAGGCUGCUCUGGGCUCUGCCAGGGCUCUGCUGGAGCUCAGCACCGGGCCAGAAUCAGCCAAAGAAGAAAUGGUGUGCCCUGCAGCACAGCCUUGCUUGAGCAUUUCAGCAACACAGCUCAAGUUUGCAGAGUGUACACCUCCAAGGGAAAACAUGCCACCACCCAAAAAAUAAACUUGUUCAGUAGCUUCUGAA